UAGUCAGGCCAUAGUCUGUACUCAUCAGUGGGUACCCUGGGUCCAGGGAAUCAAAUCCAGGUGCUGAUCGAGGCUGGGUGCUUGGAAUCCCACCUACUUUGAGCAUCCAGAGCACAACCUGGUUCCAGAUGGCUCUCAAGAAAUCUAAGAAUCCCUGACAAGACUACUCAUGAGUAGAGGGUGACCCCGGCAGCAUACAGCAUGAGUGUCUCAUCCAGGAUCUCCCCCUAACCAUCCAGCCUAGGGGAGACACAGGAGCCUGGCCCAGUGGUCACACCCUAACAGCCAGACUUCAGUUCACAGGUCAGGGGUGGAGACAGAGUGACUUUGUAUCGAGGGGAGGGACGUGACCUUUUACAGCCAGAAACAAAGUCCUUAUCUGACUUGAGUCCAGGCAGGUCAAAUAGCACUUGGUGCCUGUUUUCUGACCGAGCCACUUACCAGGAGCUCCAGCCAUGCAAGGAGCCCGGGUGCUGCUAUUGCUUUUGUUGGGCCUCAAGAUACAUCUGUCCUUUGGUGUCAUCCCAGUGGAAGAAGAGAACCCAGCCUUCUGGAACCAAAAGGCAGCCGAGGCCCUGGAUGCUGCCAAGAAGCUGCAGCCCAUUCAGACGUCAGCCAAGAACCUCAUCCUCUUCCUGGGGGACGGGAUGGGGGUGCCCACAGUGUCAGCCACCAGGAUCCUAAAGGGACAGGAGGACGGCCAUCUAGGACCAGAGACACCCCUAGCCAUGGACCGCUUCCCAUACAUGGCUUUGUCCAAGACAUACAACGUGGACAGACAGGUCCCAGACAGUGCGGGUACAGCUACCGCCUAUCUCUGUGGGGUCAAGGCCAACUACAUGACCAUUGGCGUGAGCGCAGCAGCCCGAGUUGACCAGUGUAACACCACAUUUGGCAAUGAGGUCAUCUCAGUGAUGUACCGUGCAAAGAAAGCAGGAAAGUCUGUGGGAGUGGUGACCACCACCAGGGUGCAGCACGCCUCUCCAGCCGGCACCUACGCGCACACGGUGAACCGUGAGUGGUACUCGGAUGGAGAAAUGCCUUCUUCUGCAGUUCAGGAGGGCUGCAAGGACAUAGCCACACAACUCAUCUCCAACAUGGAUAUUGAUGUGAUUCUCGGUGGAGGUCGCAAGUAUAUGUUUCCCAAGGGGACGCCAGACCCUGAAUACCCAGAUGACGCUAGCCAAUCUGGAACGAGGCUGGAUGGACAGAACCUAGUGGAGAAGUGGCUGGAAAAUCACCAGGGAGGCCGGUAUGUUUGGAACCGCGAGGCGUUCAUUCAGGCAUCCCAGGACUCAGCAGUGACUCACCUCAUGGGCCUCUUUGAGCCAACAGAUAUGAAAUACGAUAUCUAUCGAAACACCUCACUAGACCCGUCCCUCAAGGAAAUGACGGAAGCGGCUGUACGCAUGCUGAGCAGGAACCCACAAGGCUUCUAUCUCUUUGUGGAAGGGGGUCGUAUUGACCAAGGCCACCAUGCGGGCACAGCUUACCUGGCGCUGACUGAGGCUAUCAUGUUUGACUCUGCUAUUGAGCGUGCCACCCAGCUGACCAGUGAGCAGGACACGAUGAUCCUUGUCACCGCUGACCACUCCCACGUCUUCUCUUUUGGUGGCUACACAUUUCGGGGGACCUCCAUCUUCGGUCUGGCUCCUCAAGAUGCUGAGGAUGGCAAACCCUACACCUCCAUUCUCUAUGGCAACGGCCCAGGCUACAAGCUUAGUUCAGGCGAACGGCCCAAUGUCACCAUUGAAGAGAGUAGUGACCCCUCGUACCUGCAGCAGACGGCUGUACCCCUGUCGUCAGAGACCCACGGCGGGGAGGAUGUGGCGAUAUUCGCGCGUGGCCCGCAGGCACACCUGGUGCAUGGAGUGCAGGAGCAGAAUUACAUCGCACACGUCAUGGCCUUUGCAGGCUGCCUGGAGCCCUACACCGACUGCAAUCUGCCGUCCCCAAACAGCGCAGCCGGACAGGCCACUGUACAACUGCUGGUCAGCAUGCUGUUGCUGCUAGUAGGGACAGCCAUAGUGACACCAUGAUGGUCUGGUCCCCCGCUGGGCUCCUCCCCAGGGUCAAACCGCUGGUUCCUUUCACCCCCACUCAGGGUUUUCUUUGCCCUAUCGGUACCGUGUUCACCGUGUUCCACCCUUACUGCUGAUUUUAGCGCCCAGCUUGGUAAUUCUCUUAUCCAGAUGUUGAGACACCAGUUUAGUCCACAACUCUAGCCACCUCUGAGAAAACACUCUAGGCUUUAUAACUUGCCCCGGGGCUUCUGCUUCUCAACUGACUGUCUCUGGAGUGGGAGGUCCCGAAUGGUACCAAGAGGCCUAGGCCGCCAGUCAUUGAAGAGACAUAAUGACAAUAAAAUGAACUGUUACAUAA